AUGUCUCAACAACGAUCUCCAUCUGUUGCUUCGGAUGCAGACGACGGUGGAUCCGACAUCCUCGAUGCAGACGCGCCAUUUGAAGACGAAGAUGAACUUGGCGAACUCGAUCCAGACCCCGUGAUCCAAGAGCUCAAUGAGGCCAUGCAACUAAUUGAGCAAUCCGAGACCUGGCGCGACUUCGUGACAUACCUGCAGCAAGCCUUCGAGAUACAGACAAAAGCCCGAGGCCGUGUCAACAAUGCCAUCAUGUUGGGAGGCGCUCCCGUGGCUCAGAGAUCGAGCGCCCACCCUGAACACAUGAGAGAACGGUCGGUGUGGCAGUUUGCUUUCUUCUACAUGGUUUCGAGGCAGUUGGAACAUUGGAGCGGGGCCGGUGAUCUUCAGACCAGCGUCUCAGACCCACUAUAUCAAGCAGCAGACAAGCAAGUAUUUGAUCAUUUUGGCGUACGGGUGAUCCAAAGUACUCUGCCAGAUCUUCGGGAUACCUUUCUCUACAUGCCAUUCCUGAACCUCAAUGUCAAGCACGAACAAUUAAGGAAGAUGCCUGGUAUUGUGUUCACGGAUGAUGAUGAGGCGGACCCGGAUCCGGCGACGACGCAGUGGCAGCAGCAGUUGCCUGUAGAAGAGUAUUUCAAGGCGAGUGGUUUACUAGCCGGAUUUCAGAAGGGGGAGACGUUCUUGAAUCAUGUAGUCAUGGUUUGA